AUGGAGAUUGAACUUUUUCUAAGAGAGAUCUUGAGACAGGAAAAGUUCAGCCACACAAGUGGCGGGGGUGACCAUGCAUUGAAGUUCUUAGAAAAGCUGAAAAAUGAUGGCAAGGAGGAAGUUAUUUGUGAGGACUGCAAGGAACCGAUCGUACCGUAUCCCGCUUUCAAAUGCAGCGCCUGCCGAUUCAUCUGUCAUGUAUCAUGCUUCGGAAGUACUCGGCUCUACAAGUCAACAUUUUAUAUUCAUUUCGGUCGCAGGCAUGAGCAGUUGAUCUUCACAGAAGAGCUAAAGAAUGAUGGCGAGGGAGUUGUUUGCAUGGUGUGCAAGGAGAAAGUAGAGGGUCCCGGAUACAAAUGCUCUGCCUCUGAAUGCAACUUCCAGCUUCACAAAUCAUGCGCCCAGCUGCCAUGCGAGAUGCACCACCCCUUGCACCCAAACCACAUCCUUAUUCUUCAGCGACCAAGUCAAUUUCCCAAUAAUUGUAAUGCUUGCAGGAAAAGCUUCGAUACAUGCCUCUUUUACCGUUGUGAGGAGUGGGAUUUUGUAAUUGACACCACAUGUGCUAAUCGCACGCAAGUUAAUAAUACCAGCGACUGCCAACAUGCAUUUGUCCCAUUCUUUAGGAAGAUCCACUUCACUUGUGAAGCCUGUGGUCGGGAAGGCACGGACUUUGCCUCCUCUUGUACCAUAUGUCGACUCUUAAUUCACUCGAGAUGCGCUGAAUUUCCAGGCACCGUGAUAAUUUCAAGACAUGAUCACACCCUCACUCUUACCUAUUCCCUUCAUCAUCAAGUCAAGGAUUUUAACGUGUUUUGUAAAUUAUGUGGUCAAAAGGUGAAGAUAGAGUAUGCAGCCUUCUCUUGUCAAGAAUGUGAUUUUGUAGCACAUUUGUACUGUGCAAAGGCAUAUAGACGCGAGUCGUUGCUCGAGAAAUCUGUUGAUGUUAUGGAGAAGACCAUCAACCCAGAAAUCAUUGAACAUGAAGGUCACCAACACCCACUCUUCCUUCAUGUAAGGUCUAAUAAAAAUUGCAAUGCUUGUGAUGAUGAUAGCGAGGGACUCAAGGAUGCAAUAUUUGUAUGCACUAGUACUUGUGAUUUCACCUUGGGUUUUGAAUGUGCAACACUUUCACUCGUAGCUAGGCACAAAUAUGACGAACAUCCCCUUGCACUCACCUAUGUUGUUGAAGACGAUUCCGAAGAAUAUUAUUGUUUGAUUUGCGAAGAAGAAAUGGAUCAAAAGUAUUGGUUUUAUUAUUGUGCAAAAUGCGACUUUCAUGCUCAUCCUCGAUGCGUUCUAGGGAAAUAUCCAUACAUCAAGUUUGGAAAAACUUUCAAAUGUUCAUAUCACCAGCACCCUGUUACUUUUGUUCAAAAUACUGAGUACUCCCCUCCAUGCGAUGCUUGUGGCAUGACUUUGGAUGGCAUAACCCUAGAAUGCACUCAAUGCAAGUUCAACGUCCACUACUGGAAUAAUUCAAUGUGCUUGCAACAAAUUGACAAAGUGCUGCAUCUGUAA